AUGUCUCACAUUAUUCAAAAUAAAGUUCGUUUUACGAAUUCUUCACAUGACAUGCUCCUAAUUGAACUGAAAAUUGAAGAAACUGAUCUAACCGAUUAUUUUUUGGCCACCGAUCCAUUCAAGCUUGUAGACACAGACGAAAUAAAAUUGUUGCAACUUCGAAUUGGUAUAUUUGCAAAUCAAAUAUUCUUGAAUUUACUUUGCUCAAAUUUUUAUGAAGGAGAUAUGAAUCAUACAGCAAUGCUAUUCGAUGCAACAGGAAGUUUUAUCUUUGGUCAUACAGCACCCUAUAACCACAGUUUGUAUACCAAUAUGCUCAAAGGAUUUAAAAAACCAUUGACUUCAUUGAAAUUUCCAUUGACUGUCAAGUGUGAAUUAGUGAUUAAGAAGAGCAUUGAAGAAUUGUUAGAACCAUUUCAGAAUAUUGAUGAAGUAACAGCGCCGAUUCAGGACAGUGAAAAAGCUCCGGUUCAGCAUCAGAGCUUUGUUAAAGAAGCAGCGACAAAUACGACUGAUUAUUGCAGUGCUCCAAUAGACUGCUUGCGAGAACUGUCCGUGAAUUUUAAGAAACUUCUAGAUCAAAUCGAUGGUACUGAUAUUAAAAUACACGUGGACGGUGUCAGCAUGAAAGCACACAAAGUGAUUCUAAGAGCAAGAUCGCCAGUUUUCGAAAAGAUGUUCGAUCACGACAUUAGCGAAGCUGUCAAAAAUGAAAUCGAGGUUAAAGAUAUACGUGCUUCCAUAAUGAAAGAACUUCUCACUUUUCUGUAUGCCGGCACCAUUGAAAAUCACGAUUUUGACGAUGCUUGCGACCUUUACUAUGCCGCUGAUAAAUAUGAAGUGCUGUCCCUUCGGAAUGCUUGUGCUAAAGAUUUGCUGCAUCAUCUUCAAGUAAACAAUGCAUGCCAGUUGUUGAUCUUGGCUACUAAUCACGGCGAUGAAUCUUUGAAAGAAAAAAUAUUGGAAUAUAUAAUGACCAAUGUUAAAGAAAUUAUGGCUACAAAAUCAUUUGAAGAGUUGGCCAAAUACGAUGCUAAUCUUGUUGUGUUACUGAUGCGCAACGCUUUCUUAAAAUGA